AUGGCGAAACGCAAGGCACCUGAAGAACUCUCCACUAAUUUGAAUACUAUCAAAGCUCGCAACCGCGUCUCCAAUCUUACUGAAGAUGAGAAGGCUGUUCAUUUAGCACUCAAGGCUGACCAUGGCGAUCUGAGCUACUACUUAAAGAAGUUAUACAAGUCUGCAAAGUAUAUCGCUGCCUCUGCUGAAGACAAGACACGUCUACAGAAUGAAUUGAAGGUUGAGCGUAUUCGUGUUCGGACUGAAAAGGGCACCCAUGCAUCUUGCAUUGCGAAUCAGAAAGUCAAGAAUACUAGCGCCCCUUCUUCUUCUCCACAAGCCCCACCAUCUACUCCGCCACAACUUCUGUCUGAGCUUGCUGCAUUUGAGGGUAUCACCAGUAUCCCAAUCGAUGACGAUCAUAACAGCGAAUGGGAGGAUACUGAGGUUGAAGACGAUUUAGAGUUGGAGCUUAUGUUACGGCGCGACGAUAUUUUAAAUGACGAGGCUGUUCUACCAGAUGAGCUUUCUGAUGAAGAGAUCGCUAGCAUCCAGGCUCUCUUAACUCAAGCACGCAUUGAUGCCCAUGAAGAGUCCAAUUUCCGCAAGUGGCAACAUUUCUGGGAUAGCUGUAUCCGCUCAUAUACGAGAAAGGCUGGAAAGCUGAGAAAGAAGCCUGAGCAUCUCUUUGAAUAUAUGCCAUGGAUUGAUGUAGAAGAAGGCACUUUUCACAACGUUAUCCCACCACAUAAAUAUUUCUGUUUGUACGAGCAGGCAGUUUGGACAAACUUUACAGCUUGGAAGUUUGGAAAGUGGGCCCAAUUACCAGGACCUGCGCAGUGGUACCCAAAGUCUUACAAUCUUGUCGACAACGGAUGGUUACAAGUCUCCACUCAUAGUUCUAGCUUCAAAGAGGCGUUCUUACUUGUCUACUCUAAGAAAUUUGAUAAGGAAAAGUGGGCUAAGGUAUCAGCUGCACAGGAUAUGUUGUUUCUGGAGUUAGAGUAGAGGAGAGAAAUGGAGUAUUUGAUUUUCCGACGCGAAUAGGGGCUAUAGAGAUUUAAGUAUUUCAUCGUAGCCAGACUUCUGGUAAUCUUCUGAUAAUCAAACAAUUUGCUACUUG